GGGGUGGCCGCGGCACCGUGCCGGGCGCCUGGCUCCCUCGCCUCGGGCGGCGGGACCCUGUGGGCACUGAGAUCCAACUCACACAUGCCUAUUUCCUGUAAUGGAUGAACUUGAUGCUAAUGUGAGUUCCAAGGAGGGUUUUGGGUCAGUGGAGAAGGUCGUGCUGCUCACGUUUCUGUCAGCGGUUAUCCUGAUGGCCAUCUUGGGGAACCUGCUGGUGAUGGUGGCUGUGUGCAGGGACAGGCAGCUCAGGAAGAUAAAAACCAAUUAUUUCAUUGUCUCUCUCGCCUUCGUGGAUCUGCUGGUUUCGGUGCUGGUGAUGCCCUUCGGUGCCAUUGAGCUGGUUCAAGACAUCUGGAUUUAUGGGGAGAUGUUUUGCCUCGUCCGGACAUCUCUAGACGUCCUGCUCACGACGGCAUCAAUUUUUCACCUGUGCUGCAUUUCUCUGGAUCGGUAUUAUGCCAUCUGCUGCCAGCCUCUGGUCUAUAGGAACAAGAUGACCCCUCUGCGCAUCGCAUUAAUGCUGGGAGGCUGCUGGGUCAUCCCUAUGUUUAUCUCUUUCCUCCCUAUAAUGCAAGGCUGGAAUAAUAUUGGCAUCAUUGAUCUGAUAGAAAAAAGGAAGUUCAACCAGAACUCUAACUCUACGUACUGUAUCUUCAUGGUCAACAAGCCCUACGCCAUCACCUGCUCCGUGGUGGCCUUCUACAUCCCGUUUCUCCUCAUGGUGCUGGCCUAUUACCGCAUCUACGUCACAGCGAAGGAGCACGCCCACCAGAUCCAGAUGUUACAACGGGCCGGGGCCUCCUCAGAAGGCAGGCCUCAGCCGGCUGACCAGCACAGCACUCAUCGAAUGAGGACAGAGACCAAAGCAGCCAAGACCCUGUGCAUCAUCAUGGGUUGCUUCUGCCUCUGCUGGGCGCCAUUCUUUGUCACCAAUAUCGUGGAUCCUUUCAUAGACUACACCGUUCCUGGGCAGGUGUGGACCGCUUUCCUCUGGCUUGGCUACAUCAACUCUGGGUUGAACCCCUUUCUCUACGCCUUCUUGAAUAAGUCUUUUAGACGUGCCUUCCUCAUUAUCCUCUGCUGUGACGAUGAGCGCUACCGAAGACCCUCCAUCUUGGGCCAGACUGUCCCCUGUUCAACCACAACCAUUAAUGGAUCCACACACGUGCUAAGGUACACAGUUCUGCAUAGUGGACACCACCAGGAACUUGAGAAACUGCCCAUACACAAUGACCCAGAAUCCUUGGAAUCAUGCUUCUGAUUGAGAACAUGGCUCAUGAUUAAGCCAUUCAUUCCCAUUCGUGUCUGCAUGAACAGGACACCCUGGUAUCUCUCCUGACCCUCAUCACCACCCGUGAGGCACAAGGCAAUGGGGCCAAGGGCCCAGGGAAGGUACAUGGAGCACAGUGUGGGAGAGGACCCAAGGCCAGAAUAUGGAGAAUCUUGGAGUUGAGAAGGGACUUCAGGCAUCCCCAGAUCCAGCCUCCCAUCCAGUGCAGGAGUAGCAUCUUCCAUAGCAUCCCUGGAAGUCUGGUCAGUCUCUGCUUGCACACCUCCAGGUAUAGGAGCUCACUACCUCCUACUGCAGUUCCUUCUAUUGUAGGGAAGUUUUAAUUGUAAGAAAGUUUUUCCCUUUCUUGGGACACAGU